UUUUUUUAUGUUAAAGAAUUUGUAAUUUUAUAAAAUGUCUUCAUCGUUUUUCCUAAAACCCGGUGCCGCCAAACAGGCUAACAAAAAGCGCAAGAUAAAUGCGACGAAAGCAAAAGGAAAAUUGAGUUCAAAACCGGGCAAAAGAACACAAAAUGCAACAAAUGCGCCGCCAAAAAAACAACGUCGGGCAAAAGCGGACGACGAGGAAAUAGCCAGCGAUGAAGAGGAAUAUGAUAGUGGCAAUAAAACGCUAGUAUAUUCAACGGACGAAGAGGGUGUUGAGGAGGAAACAGCACAAGAUAAACGCCUGCGUUUGGCCAAAAAAUAUCUGGAGGAGAUUGAGAAACAAGAAGCGGAUCGCGUUGAGGAUCGCGACUUGAGUCAGAGCGUCGAGCAGCGACUACAAACCGAGUAUUUGGAUAGUGUGGGUCGAUUGCGCCGCAAUAUUGCUGCCACCAUAAAAUCCUGCAGCAUUCAGUGUGCACUAAAAAACAGACUCCACCAUAGUCCAAUUUGUGCCCUGGCUUUGAGUGCGGAUGGACGACAUUUGUAUGUCGGAGCCAAAUCUCAAUUUGUACUCAAGUGGUGCACGGAGAGUGGCAAAGUGUUGGACAAAUUAGAUGUGCAGCCUCAUCGCGAUGAACCCGAAACGGGCAAGAAGCGAAGAUCGCAUGUGACUUCCAUUUGCCUGUCCACGGAUAUGAAAUAUCUAGCCUUGGCUGAGGGUGGUGCACACAUACAGAUCUGGUGUCCACAGACGAUGCGGCAUUUGAAGACGUUCAAGGGACACAGGGACAGCGUGACGGGUUUAGUCUUUCGCAAGGCGACCCACGAGCUGUAUUCGGCGGCCAAGGAUCGUUCCGUAAAGAUUUGGUCACUGGAUGAGAUGGCCUACGUGGAGAGCUUAUUUGGCCACCAGACCGCUGUGACCAGCAUUGAUGCACUGAGUCGGGAACGGGCCAUUUCCGCUGGCGGUUCAGAUUGCUCGCUACGCAUCUGGAAGAUUACGGAGGAGUCGCAGUUGAUUUAUAAUGGUCAUCGCGAUGGCAUCGAAUGCGUUAAAUUGAUUAAUGAUGAACAUUUCGUCUCUGGCGGCGUUGAUGGUGCGAUUAGCCUGUGGAGUGCAUUGAAGAAGAAGCCCAUCUGCACGGCACAAUUGGCGCAUGGCAAAGGCGAAAAUGAGGUCGCCAACUGGAUAACAGCAAUUGCCGUCGUUGUCAAUACGGAUUUGGUGGCAACAGGCUCCUGCGAUGGCUGCGUGCGUCUGUGGCAAAGUAAUCCGAAUGCGCGAAAGCUGCAAGAGAUUCAAAGCAUAUCCAUUGCGGGCUUUAUAAAUGGACUAACUUUUAAUGGCGAUGGCACAAAACUGUUUGUCGCCGUAGGGCAGGAGCAUCGUUUGGGGCGUUGGUGGCGGCACAAAGAGGCCAAAAAUAGCAUAGUUGUAAUUGACAUUAAGUUACAAAACACAGCCAGCAAUUAAGUUAAUUAUAAGCUUAAGGAAUGCGUCGCAUAAUCUGAAUAAAACAUGUAAAAUUUCAAAAAUCAA